GUUUCGGUGCAGCGGCGCAACCCAUAUUGCGAUAAGGGGCAAUCGUGAUUAAAGCCACAACUGAAUUGAGGCUGCUGUGGGCUCACUGGCAGUCGAACUGAUGGAUCGGAUUGUUCGGUUCCAUUGCACGAUUCAGUUGUUCCUCGUCAAUCGCGACCUGCGGAAGUGUUCAUUGCUCUAUCGUGCUCCAUCGUAUUGUAGUGCUGAUUCUGACCCUUGAGUCUUACACUUAGUAGCUGUGAAUACAAUUGGAGUGGCGAGCGGAUAGAUGGAGAUCCGAGUGGGAGUGGGCGAUCUGCUGAAAAUGGGCACCAAGCUCAUUGGCCACAAGAUCGUCCAGUACCGCCUAGGCACAAAGCAGACGAAGGUGGUCUGCACCAGGGAUGGCCAGGUGCGCGGACAUCGGCGAAGAACACUCUACGACGAGGAACUGUACUUCGCCUUCGAAGGAAUCCCCUUCGCCCAGCCGCCGGUGGGGGAGCUGCGCUUCCGUGCCCCCCAGCCGCCACGCCCCUGGCUGGGGGUGCGGGACUGUACCUACCCGAGGGCCAAGCCCAUGCAAAAGCACUUCGUGCUCAGCAUCGUCGAAGGCAGCGAGGAUUGCCUGUACCUAAACGUGUACUCCAAGCGCCUGAAGUCGGACAAGCCGCUGCCCGUGAUCGUCUGGAUUUAUGGCGGUGGAUUCCAGAUCGGCGAGGCUGGUCGGGACUUCUACAGUCCAGACUACUUCAUGCAGCAGGACGUCGUGGUUGUCACAUUCAAUUACAGGGUGGGCGCAUUGGGCUUCCUCAGCCUCGCGGACCGCGACUUGGAUGUGCCAGGAAACGCUGGUCUCAAGGACCAAGUGAUGGCCCUGCGCUGGAUCAGUCAGAACAUAGCGCAGUUCAAUGGAGACCCCCAAAACAUAACGCUGAUGGGCGAGAGUGCGGGCGCAGCCUCCGUCCACGCGAUGAUGACCACAGAGCAAACCCGAGGGCUGUUCCAUAAGGCCAUCAUGCAAUCGGGGUCCAUGUUCUGCGAGUGGGCCAACGAGCCAAGUGGCAGGUGGGCAUACCGCCUGGCCUGCCAGCUGGGAUACUCGGGCAGUGAGAACGAGAAGGAGGUGUUUCGAUUCCUCCAAAAAGCGCCCGCCUCCGAAAUGGCCGCACAGGGAAUUACGCUCGUCUCCCAAGAGGAACGGCGGGAGUACGUCCUGUUUCCCUUUACUCCCGUGGUGGAGCCCUAUAUCACCAGGGAUUGCGUGUUGCCCCGUUGCCAUAGGGACAUGCUGCCGGGCGCUUGGGGGAAUGACCUGCCGCUGAUACUGGGGGGCAACUCCUUUGAGGGCCUCUUCGCCUACCAGAGCACCCUGCACGACGAGGAGCACAUGCUGAGUGCCUUUGAGGUCCUAAUUCCCCGCGAGGUCAGGGAAACGAGCACCCAGUCUCACCUCAAGGAGCUGCUGCGCCAGUUCAAGCUGGAUAACUUCGAGGAUGCCACUCGUGGGCGCAUGGAGUUCAAUGAGUGCCUGCAUAUACUGUCCAUCAAACACUUCUGGCACGGCAUCCAUCGUACUGUACUGGCCCGCCUCAGCCACGCCCCCACUACGCCCACCUAUCUGUACCGGUUCGACGUGGACUCGGCCCACUUUAACCACUUCCGGCAGGUGAUGUGCGGAAAACACGUUCGCGGAGUCAGCCACGCCGACGAUAUUUCCUACCUCUUCUACCACAUUCUGGCCAGCAAGGUGGAGAAGUCUUCGAUGGAGUACCAGACCAUUCAGAGACUGGUGGGCAUGUGGGUGGCCUUCGCCCGGAACGACAAUCCCAACUGUCCCCAGAUCGGGCCGACCACGUGGGAAGCGCUGGAGGAGCAAGGUCCGCAGAGGUGCCUCAAUAUUGGAAAGCAACUGGAGUUCAUUGUGCUGCCGGAGUCCAAGCAGAAUCGGAUUUGGGAUAGACUCUACGAUAGGCACGACCUGUUCCCCAGGUUCUGGGCCAACCGGAAGGCCCAGUUGUUGUCCGGACUUUCCGCCCAUUCGCUGAGCGCACAUCCCGACUGCAUGAUGGCCUUGUGGAAGAGACCACGUGUUUGCUCCGUGGUCAUCAUCACGUGGACUGAAGCGGAUCCUGCACUUUCUCCCAUCAGUGUGAUGUUGUUGGGGUCGCCAUUGAAGUGGGCGAUGUUCUGGCUUAUCCAACGCAGAGCCAUUACUUGGUCCUUCAGACCCGCGUUUCCGGGAACAUCCAGCCUCGGGGCCCUAAAUGUUCUUCCGCUGCAAGAUAAAAGGUUGCUAGCGCGAAGCCAGCACUUAGCAGUCGAGCAUGGAGAGGUAAGGUCGCAGCAGCAGCGCGCACUCCGCGGCAGCGAACUAAGUUUUCCCGAAUCCUCCAGCUUGCAGGUGAACACGACCAGCGGACCGGUGCGCGGAAAACUGUGCACAGCUGUGUACGGCGAUGAGUACGUCAGCUUCGAGCGGAUCCCGUACGCGCAGCCGCCGGUGGGCCCGCUCCGCUUCAGGGCCCCCGUGCCCGUGGCGCCCUGGAGCCAGCCCCUGGACUGCACCCAGCCCGGCCAGAAGCCGCUCCAGUUCAACCACUACUCCCAGCAGCUGGAGGGCGUCGAGGAUUGCCUGUAUCUGAAUGUCUUCGCGAAGGAGCUGGACUCCCCCAGGCCUCUACCGCUGAUUGUGUUCUUCUUUGGAGGUGGCUUCGAAAAGGGCGACCCCACCAAGGAGCUGCAUAGUCCUGACUACUUCAUGAUGCGCGAUGUGGUCGUAGUCACGGUCUCGUAUCGCGUGGGUCCCCUGGGAUUCCUGAGCCUGAAGGAUCCUGCCGUUGGAGUGCCCGGAAAUGCAGGCCUGAAGGAUCAGCUGCUGGCCAUGCAAUGGAUCAAGGAAAACGCAGAAAGAUUUAAUGGCGAUCCCAAGAACGUGACCGCUUUCGGUGAGAGCGCCGGAGCCGCUUCAGUGCAUUACUUGAUGCUGAAUCCCAAGGCUGAGGGUCUGUUCCAGAAGGCCAUUUUGCAAUCGGGCAAUGUGCUCUGCUCCUGGGCCCGCUGCUCCAUCCAGAAUCUGCCCCAUCGGUUAGCGGUCAACCUGGGUAUGGAAAGUGCCGAGCAUGUAACCGACGCCAUGGUUUUGGACUUCCUGCAGAAGCUGCCGGGAGAGAAACUCGUUCGACCAUAUCUACUCAGCGCAGAGGAGCACCUGGACGACUGCGUCUUUCAGUUUGGACCUAUGGUGGAGCCCUAUAAGACGGAGCACUGCGCGCUGCCCAAGCAUCCGCAGGAGCUGCUAGACAAGGCCUGGGGCAACAGGAUUCCGGUGCUGAUGAGCGGCACUUCCUUCGAGGGUUUGCUGAUGUACGCCCGGGUCCAGAUGGCGCCGUACUUGCUGACCAGCCUGAAAAAGGAACCAGAGCACAUGCUGCCACUGGAUGUCAAGCGGAAUCUGCCCCAGGCGCUGGCUCGGCAUCUGGGCCAGCGACUGCAGGAGACCCACUUCGGCGGAAGCGACCCUUCUUCCAUGUCGCCAGACUCCCUAAAAGCGUACUGCGAGUAUGCCAGCUAUAAGGUGUUUUGGCAUCCCAUUCUAAAAACGCUGAGAUCCCGCGUGAACAGCUCCAGUGCAUCCACAUAUCUUUAUCGAUUCGACUUCGACUCUCCCACGUUCAAUCACCAGCGAUUGAAGUACUGCGGGAACCAGUUGCGGGGCGUAGCCCACGUGGACGAUCACUCGUACCUGUGGUAUGGAGCCUUCUCCUGGAAGCUGGACAAGCACACACCCGAGUUCCUCACAAUCGAGAGGAUGAUUGACAUGCUGACAAGCUUCGCGAGGACAUCGAAUCCUAACUGCAAGCUCAUCCAGGAUCAGCUGCCUCGUGCCAAGGAAUGGAAGCCCCUGAACAGCAAAUCAGCUUUGGAGUGCCUCAACAUCUCUGAGAACAUCAAGCUGAUGGAGCUGCCGGAGCUGCAGAAGCUGCGGGUCUGGGAAAGUGUCUGCCAAUCAACGGACUAGCCCAGAGUAUUAAAUUUCCUUGCCAAAUUUGUAGCCGAUAUCAAACAAUUGCCGAGUUUCUACAACACAAAUUUCAUUUGGAACUAUAUUGUAUAAAGUACCCAUACGUUAUGGGGGCAACAAGUAUUUGUUGACAACCAGUCAAAUCGAUAAUGGUAAAGGCCUGGCGCACAAAACCAA